AUGUCUGACGAAAAUGCAAGUAGUCUUAAAGAUGCAAAUGAAAAAGUUGUUCAAGAUAUGAUAAGAUGUGUUGAAAAUAGACAAGGUGGUGAUGCACCAGGUGAUGCGAGAACAUGGAUGAGUGAAAUUUUACGAAGAUCAGGUCCAACAAAUAAUUUUCAUCUUUAUGUUAAUAGUCCUUCAAAUCAAGUAGUUGAAGUUGAAAAUAUUUUUGAAGGACAAACUGGUAAUGGAACCAAAUGGAUAAUGAGAUUUAUAAUUAACGCUGAUUUACGUAAUGAAAAAUUAAAUCAAAAACCUCAUUUUGGUUGUGACGUUUAUUGGAAUAAACAACCUCUUCUCAUUACACAUAAGUGGUUUGACGAUAAUGUUUUACAAGUUGGAAGACCAACUGAUCCAAAAGCUCAACUGGAAGAAUUUGAAACUGGAAAAGAUAGAAAAGAUUUUGAUAAUAAACGUUAUGCUACAUGGACGUCGAUUUCAAAAAAAUAUCCACAUUAA